GGACAGGCAAUAGAUGUUGGCACAGCUUGCGAUGGCUAUGUCCUACAAAUUAGUAAAAAAAAAUCCUCCAACUAACAGUACAAAGAAGAAACAGAUUAUCCAGUCAUGAAGUCGCUUCUCGCUCCACAGAUGCUGCCAGACCAACUGAGUUUCUCCAGAAUGUUCUGUGCUUCUAUCUGGUCAUGAAACUUAACAGAGCUUGCUGCAGUGCUUCCAACGUGAGAGCAGUGACUUUAAAGGUGUGUUCAUCAUCAUUGAGGACCCCCGAGGAACAGCUCUGGGGUGGUAAACGGUGCUAUAUAACUGUAAAUUUUGUUCUAUUUAUCUUUCCCCCCCACCAAUGGCUCCAAAAUGCGCGUGUGGUUGAGUAGGCCUCACUGACGUCAGAGUCUGGCAGGAACCAAGAUGGCGGCGUCGGGCGGCAGCGGGGGGCGGGCGGUGUUCAGGGGGUGAGAGGACAGGAACGGAGGAGUUGUCCCCGAGCGUGAAGGCCGCCUCGGCUUCCGAUUCCAUCUCCCCUCCACCAAAUCAUUAUCUUCUGCCGAGAGGGGGAUUAUGCCUUGUCCCCGAGGCCGGGCCCCGAGUGCACAAUGCUGCGUUCCACCGAGUUUUUCCGCAGCAUCGAGUGCCCCUUUUACGGCGGUGGCAGCGGCGAUGGCGGCUCCUGCAACCGGCCUUAUUGUCACUUUCGGCACCGCAGCCAGAAGCCCAGGGAGAAGCCGGAGGGAGACGGGCAGUGUCUAACAGCCGACCGAGUUGAUUGUGACAAAAGCAAUGAAAGUAUGCAAUCAGAGCAUGGUUAUGAUCCUUAUAAUCCUGAGCUUCCUAAGGGUUCAUCCAGAAAUGGAGAUGGAAUAUCAAGUGAAUUUACAGAAUCCAGCUCCAGUACGCUGGAAUUGGAACUGGUCAACAAAGCCAUUGAGGUUGUCAAGAAUGAAGUUGAACAAGAGCAGAAAAGGCUUUUGCGAUAUGAGGAUCUUCUGGAUACAGAAGAGGAAUAUGUCCCUUCAGUGCCAUCCACACAGAAGGCACUUGGCAAGAACAAGAGUUGUACAGAGCAUUUACCGAUUGAGGAUGAAUUGAAAAACUCUUUAGAAUAUAAUCCAGAUAGUUAUGGUCUAAAUAGCAAUGUAGAGUACACCCCAACGCCACUUUCAGCUACUGCUUGUUUCAGUAAGUAUACUUUGGACACCGAUGAUGAAGCUGAUGCAAAGGGUAAUUCAUUAAAAUAUGUUCCAACACUCAUGAAUAAGCCAGUCAAAUAUUCUACCUCUGUACCCAGUAACAAAUAUGUGAUUGACAACACCAAGCCAUGCACUGAUUUAGAGUAUGAUCCUUUGUUGAAUUAUUCAGCAAGGCUAAUGUCUAAAAAAAGGACAAUAAAACCUGGAACCAAGAGGCCCAGAGAGAACAGCUCAGAAACGCCCUAUACACCUGCAGGAAAGAAGCGUUGCCACCGCUUGAACUCUAAGAUCUGUGAGGAGAUGGAGUUUCCAGACUCUCAAGGCAAAAUUAAUGAUAACUGUCCGCAAAGUCAAGGGGACAUUUCAAAGUUUCGAAAUGCUGUGCUUUGUGACAAUAAGUCUAAUGAAGGAUUUCCUUCAAAGGCUAAAGAUUUGAAUAGACGGUCAAUGAAAGAAAUUGCAGUUCAGUAUGAUGUAGAUGAUUGCCGUUUUGAACGUAAACGACAAGAGAAUAGAGAAAAACAAAAGUUGAAGUCCAGCAGACAUUCAUCUAAGAUUUCACGAUCUAAUAAAGACAAACUUAAAGGAAAAGAGCCAAAGGAUAAAAAGAAUAAAGGUGGUGACCUGAAUAGCUCAAAGUUUAAGGCACACAAUGACAAAGUGGGCAGCACAAAAAUUAAACCUUCCCAUCACACAGAGAAGGCUAACAAAAAGGAGAAAAUAAAUUGUGAAAAAGUAAUUAAGCGAGAAAAACAAAGGGAGACAUUGAGACACAAAGAAAGGAAUGGGGAUGACCCCGUUGAUGAAAUCAAACAGAAAGGAGAUGAUAAAAGCAAGACCAAAGAGGAAAAGCAAAAAAUUAAAAAUGGGAAUUCUGAUAGAAAAUUGGAUAAAUCAAAAAUGAGCAAAUCAGAUGAG